CUUUCUAUGAUAAAGUCUGUUUUAAAAACUGAUACAUUUUAAAUUAAUACACCGAAGGCAAGAUGAAUAAGACCAUAUUGUGGAGUUUUCUGCUAUUUUUUUCUGGAAGUCAAACUUCAAGAACCACGAACCAAAAAAAUGCUGAAUUUGCAGUGGAUCUUUAUAAAGCUAUUUCUUUAUCCCACAAGAACAACGUUAUAUUUUCCCCUCUUGGAACCACUGUACUUCUUGGAAUGGUCCAACUAGGUGCAAAAGGAAAAGCACAACAGCAGAUUCUGCAGACGUUAAGGAUGCAGGAAGCCUCAGCAGGAGAGGAAUUUUCUGGGCUGAAGUCACUUUUUUCAGCCAUCUCAAAGACGAAGCAGGAAUUUACAUUUAAUCUUGCCAGUGCCCUCUACCUUCAAGAAGGAUUCAUUGUGAAGGAAAAGUAUCUCCAUAGCAACAAGGAGUUUUUUCAGAGUGCUACAAAACUGGUGGAUUUUCUGGAUGCAAAGACUUCUGCACAGGCAAUAAGCACCUGGGUAGAAAGCAAAACAGAUGGAAAAAUUAAAAAUAUGUUUUCAGAGGAAGAAUUUGGCCCCUUGACUCGUCUGGUCCUGGUAAAUGCCAUUUAUUUUAAGGGGGAUUGGAAACAGAAAUUCAGAAAAGAAGACACAGAGAUGACAGAUUUUAAUAAGAAAGAUGGCUCCACAGUCAAGGUUCCAAUGAUGAAGGCUCUGUUGAGAGUCAAAUAUGGUUAUUUUUCUGAGUCAUCCAUGACAUGGCAAGUUUUGGAAUUGCCUUACAAGGCUGAUGAGUUCAGUUUAGUCAUCCUUCUUCCCACAGAAGACACGAACAUAGAAGAAGUAGAAAAACAAGUUACUGCUCAUCACAUGCAGAGAUGGUUCUCUGAGCUGCAUGAAGAGGAAGUGGAAGUCAGCCUCCCUCGAUUUAAAAUAGAACAAAAAUUAGACUUCAAAGAAGCAUUAUAUUCUUUAAAUGUAACUGAGAUAUUUAGUGGUGGCUGUGAUCUUUCUGGAAUAACAGACUCAUCUGAAGUGUAUGUCUCCAGAGCUAUGCAGAAAGUUUUCUUUGAGAUAACUGAAGAUGGAAGUGAAGCUGCGGCAUCCACAGGCAUAAACAUCCCUGCGAUUAUGAGUUUGACUCAAACUCAAUUUCUAGCAAAUCGUCCAUUUCUGUUUAUUAUGAAGCACAUCCAAACAGAAUCAAUUUUGUUUAUGGGAAAAGUGACAGAUCCUGACAUCCAAACAAUGAAAGGAAGAGAUUUAGAUUCACUGUGAAUAAAAAUGAUGGUCUUGGAACACAAGACAGCCCUUGGAAAAUGAUUGAUGGGCCAUCAUUCUGAAAAUUUCCUAACAUUUCUGAUUAAAGUUGUGCCUGUAAAAUAAGUAAAGAUAGAUAUGAUCAUUUUC